UCUCCACUGAUCCCAUCCACCCACCCAGGCAAUGCGCUGUUUGCCCCUCUCCCAUCAGGCAUGUGUGGACUGAUCAAGAAGAGUCACAUUGAUGAAGACGGCAGAGAGGGAGCUCGCUACGCACUCCGAGCUCCGAGGUGGCGUGGCUAGAAUAAUGGCUACCGUGGAAAUGGUGAGCUUCGACCUUGAACCAGCUCUACGCGGAUCCCAUCAGGUGUUGACGUCAGUCUGGAAGCUGAGCUCCCAGUGCUGGCCUGGCUCGGUCACAGAAGGAGUCCUCUCCUCCUCCAGAGGGUGGCUGCGUCGCUUCUUGAUGCUGAAGCUGGUGGCCGUGCUGCUGUUCCCUCAUCAGGACGACCUCCCCCUGCUGGUGAGCUGUGGGUUCAGCCUGCGAGCUCUGUUGCUGCUGCGCUCCCCUCAUAUCUCCACCAAGCCCUCCACUGUGCUCCUGGUCCAGCUGGCCCGUACAGACGCUCUAGUACUGCUGCACUGGGUCAUCCGGCUGGGACUAACAGUGGCACGGUGGGUCGAGGAGGCUGAAAUGAGCCCUGUAAGGCAGACUCUGAGUGUACUCAGUCAGCAGGUGCUUGAAGCUCAUCACUUGGCCUCUCUGCUCCUGCUGGGGCUGCUGGGACUGGAGGCCAUGCUGGUGUCCCGCUGGCCGCUACAGACCCGGAAGUUCAGGACUUCUCAGUGGGCCCAGCUGUGCUGCGGCCUGCUUUGGGUUCUUGUGCUGCUAGAACUUGUGUCUUUGCUGCACUCUAAGCUCUUUCAGGAUAUUAAACGACAGACGCACCGCUCAGCGCUCCCUCUUCUGUCCCUCUGCCUGAGAAGGAUGUUGUGGUUCAUGAAUUCAUGGUUGCAUUACGCUGUCUUCAGUUUUAAGCCACAGCGAAGGAAAAGCUCGUUUCAUUAAGAGCUUGUAAAAACUAAAGUGUUUGAUCUUUGCUAUUUACAUUUUUUAUUUACAAUUAUCGAUUUUCUUGCUGGUCAGAUAAUGGGGUUUCAGAUGUUUUGAAGUCUUCGCUGUUUUAGAACUUCUCUUUGGUUCAUUAAUAUAUUUAGUUUAAUUCUGUGUUUGAACUGACUAAGACAAAUUGAAAACCUUAUAACAUUUUACUUCAUUAAAUAUAUAUAGGGCGGUAUUGAUUAUCUUAAGUUUUCUCAUAGAUAUUAUAGAAUUUGGUAUUUUUUUUCAGAUUCCAGUGAAGUUCCUCUUAUUCUUCUCUGUAAACAAAAGACUUCAAAUGUAUAAAUAACUAUAAUGAAUGUAUCAUUUUGAGCCACAAGUAGCUCAGAUUUCUAAUUUCCUUCAUGAUCAGGAUUUGGCUUUGUUCUAGGAUCACGGUGGUGACCCAUUUGGUAAUUUUUAAUGUAAUUUUAUUUAUUUAUUCAUUAUUUUUGCAGAAGGGUAUUAAAUUAUUACUUUCUUUUUUCCGAUUCAAGAUUUGAAGGUAAACAGUUUUUCAGGACAGUCCUGAUAAUUUUUUCCCUUAAAACUCUUGUCUACGUGGCCAAGAGUGAUAUAAACAUUUCUAUACUGCGUGAUAUGAAGAUGAACAGCACAAAUUCUUCCUCUUUUUAGGUUUGGGAAUGUCACCCCGAGUCUUCUAGUAUUUUGGUUAAACAAAUAUGGCUUCUCCCAGUCAAAGAUCUUCAUGAAAUGCUGUAGCUUGUCCGUUUGGAAGGUUGUUCUACUUUACAAUGGGACAAAGGGUCAAGUCACUUAUGCAUUUUGGUUCUCCAGAUCUGUAUUGACAUCAUUUUGCCUUGAUGUUUAAUGGUCGUGGGAGAGUUUAUGUGUUUACAGUUUGUAUAUGAAGCAAUUUGUGUUUAUUAACAAUGAUGAGUGAAUAAAAAAACACAUCUUUCAUUCACAUUUGGCUAACUGAAAGAUAUGCAUUAUGCAGAUGACUGUAUGUUACUAUGUUUUAAAGCAAAAUGAU